CUUGACUAUGAUUUUUCAGUGGUCUCCCAUUGAUUUGCAGUCACAAAGCAUCUCUAUGAAUAUCGAGACGUCCCAAAUUUCCAAUAAUCCAACUUGCUAGCUGCUCUCUCUCUCUCCCUCUCUCUCUCUCUCUCAUAAUGUUCAGAGAAAACCUUCCCUUAUUUGGGCUUCUGGUCCUAUUUGCUCUCUUCCAUGAAGCUUGUAUUGCUAAGGGACAAAGCCAGGACUGCAGCUCUUCUUCAUGUGGAAAUCUCCUUAACAUCAGCUACCCUUUUCGAUUAAAAGGUGCUCCUCAUCAGUGUGGAUGUGGUGGCCUUGAACUUGAUUGCGAGAAUAACCGUACUUCUUUGUUGGUUGAUUCUGCGAAAUUCUAUGUCCAGGAAAUCGAUUAUGUUAAUCGAACAAUUCGACUGAUGGAUGCGAGUUUACACAAAAACACGUGCUCCAUUCCUCGUCUUAUCCCAAACAUUUAUCAUUAUUAUUAUAAUUAUUAUUAUAAUUAUUAUUAUUUUUAUUUUUAUUUUUAUUAUCAUCAUUAUUAUUUUUAUUUUUCCCCUUAUUUUGAUAAUCUUAUGUAUCUUUUGAAUUGCACCUCACCACUCAAGUCGCCAAUCUAUGUUGAUGUCUCUCAUUGCAUCAGUAACUCUUAUUCCGCACAAACAUACUUCUAUGCGUAUUGUGGAAACCUUACGGCACUUGAUAUUCCACAGUUAUGCAGUAUAGAAGGUACGAUUCCAACUCGAUUUCAGAAUGCAACAGGCCUAUCUGCUUUGGAGAUUCAACAAGAAUUGUUACAGGGCUAUGAAUUACAUUGGGAUUCAUAUUGUCAUUAUUCACAGAAUAAUAAAUGGUUUUGGGAUUCUAUUCAAUUCAUUAAGGUACUCUAUGGUGUUAUUAGCGACUGGUUCUUGUACCAAGGAGGAGAGCUUACUUUCAUCAAAUCCAUAGGAGUAUUUAUCCUAGGAAGAGCUCAACUAGGAAUUGUAUGCUUAAUUGCAUUUUUGAUAUACAAAUUUGGCCCAGGAAACACGUUCAUGGACGAUGCCAUUGAAAUAUUCCUGCAGAGUCACAAUUUAAUGCCUAUAAGGUACUCCUAUUCUCAAAUAAAGAGCAUGACCAAUGGUUUUAAGGAUAAAUUAGGCCAAGGAGGUUAUGGCACAGUCUUCAAAGGAAAGCUUCAGAGUGGCUAUCCUGUAGCGAUAAAGUUGUUGAGCAAGUCAAAAGCCAACGGGCAAGAUUUCAUGAAUGAAGUUGCUACGAUUGGAAGGAUACAUCAUAUUAACGUGGUGCAGCUAAUUGGAUUCUGUGUGGAAGGUUCUAAACAAGCUCUUGUAUAUGAGUUCAUGCCAAAUGGAUCUCUAGAUAAGUUCAUCUUUCCUGAUAGAGAAAAUAGCACCGUCUUGACUUGGGAUAGAAUAUAUGAGAUUGCAGUUGGAGUAGCUCAGGGAAUUGAAUAUUUACAUCAAGGUUGUGACAUGCAAAUUCUACAUUUUGAUAUAAAGCCACAUAAUAUUCUCCUUGAUGAAAACUUUAUCCCAAAAGUUUCAGAUUUUGGCCUUGCAAAAUUGUAUCCGGUAGAUGAUAGCAUUGUAUCUCUCACUGCUAUACGAGGAACACUAGGAUAUAUAGCUCCAGAAUUGUUCUACAAAAAUAUUGGGGGCAUAUCAUAUAAGGCUGAUGUUUACAGCUUUGGAAUGUUGUUGAUGGAAAUGGUGGGGAGAAGGAAAAAUUUGAAUGCAUCCGUGGAGCAUUCAAGUCAGAUAUACUUCCCGUCUUGGAUAUAUGACAAACUCGAUCAAGGUGAGGACCUUGAGGUGUUAAAUGGCACAGAGGGUGAGAACAAAACAUUAAAGAAGAUGAUCAUAGUUGCAUUUUGUUGCAUUCAAAUGAAGCCCAUUAAUCGUCCUUCCAUGAGCAAAGUCUUGGAGAUGCUUGAAGGCCCGCUAGAACUCUUGCAAAUGCCUCCCAAACCUUUCUUUGGUCCUGAGGAGAUGUCAAUUGAGGACCACACCAGUAAUAAUUCUGCAGGAAUACCUACAAGUGAUUCGGAUAGUAUUGUCGCCUAGACAAAAUGUAAUUAAGUCAUCAAUAAUUUUAUUAUUAAAUCUUCCAUGUAUAUCACAAGCUUUCCAUCAUUUAAUAAUUCUAUUUGUUUUAUAGGUUACUUUUUAAAUGAAUAAAUACCAUGUAAGGUAACUUUUUAAAUGACUAAGUACCAUGUAAUCCUUAUGUAAAACCAAUCAAUAGAAUAAGACAAAAUUUAAAGAUAUCAUUUUU